UUUAGUUCCAACAAGAAAAGAAAAGAAAAAUGAAUGGUAAAGGCAUGUAUUUCCCUCUUUUGAUUGCCAUUGUGGCUAUUUUUGUAUCAACAUCGUUUAUGUUACUUGAGCAUUUAAGUUUUAAAGUUGAUCGAAGUCAUCAUCACCAUGAUGACAAAAGAAAAAACCAAACGAUAUGUGAUAAUUUCUCGCCCAAUUUUCCAAGUAUAGAUCCUAACACAAUUUCAAUUAUUUGUGUUGAUCAUAAUGGUUGUUGCAAUUUCACGACCGUGCAAGCUGCUGUUGAUUCUGUUGCGAAUUUUAGCGCGAUAAGGAGCUUGAUUUGGAUCAACAGUGGCAUAUAUUUUGAAAAGGUGAUUGUUCCAAAAAGCAAGCCUAAUAUCACAUUUCAAGGACAGGGGUACACUUCAACAGCUAUAAUAUAUAAUGACAAUGCCAAUUCAUCACAUGGAACAUUUAACAGUGGCUCUGUCCAAGUUUUCUCCACCAACUUCAUAGCUAAGAAUUUAAGUUUCAUGAAUGUGGCUCCGAUGGCAGUGCCGGGGGCGGUAGGAGCACAAGCAGUGGCAAUAAGAAUAGGAGGAGACCAAGCAGCGUUCUGGGGUUGUGGAUUUUUCGGAUCUCAGGAUACCCUCCAUGAUGAUAGAGGUCGACAUUACUUCAAAGAAUGUUACAUACAAGGUUCUAUCGACUUUGUGUUUGGCAAUGGAAAAUCAUUUUAUGAGAACUGUGAAUUGACAUCAAUUGCGAGUCCAGGAUCAAGAUCGAUAAAUGGAGCAGUAACGGCACAUGGCAGGGCUUCGAAAGAUGAAGAUAGCGGUUUUGCAUUCGUGAACUGCAGUAUUGGAGGAACUGGUCGGAUUUGGUUAGGUCGAGCAUGGAGGUCUUUCUCAACCGUAGUCUUUUCCAAUACUUUCAUGACUGAUAUUAUUUCUCCUGACGGAUGGAACGACUUAAAUGACCCUUCAAGAGAUCAGACGAUUUUCUAUGGGGAGUACAAAUGUUCAGGAGCAGGGUCAAACAUGUCACAAAGAGCAUCAUACGUUCAAAAGCUUAAUGACACCCAAGCUCUUCCUUUCCUCAACUUAUCUUUCAUUGAUGCUCAUUUAUGGCUACAAUCAUUUUCAAAUUAAAAUUACAUUAUUUCUUCCUAUUUUUAAUUACAUUAUUUGUAAACUAAAAUAUAUUUUUCAUUACGCGAAUAAGUGAGAUUGAUGUUGUAUGUAUGGUAGAUUGAUUAUCUAUCAAUAUUCUUCAA